CACCUGCCCAAGAAGCUCCUUCAUUUAUCAAUCCCAUUUUGCCCAGAAUAAUUCUCAGCAGGACCCAGUUCAGUUUCAAAUUUCAAUACCUGAAGGAACUGGAAAGGGUAAAUCCCAAUUUCCAAUUUCACAUCCCCCUGCUACCUCUACUCCCAAAGUCCGCAAAUGCAUAUGCUUCACUUAAACCCUAGCUCCCUCUUCUUCCAGUCAAAACCCAGUUCUUCAAUCCCGCUCUCGCUGGCAGUUUCCACUUCAUUCCGCUGCUUUGCUGUCGGAGGAGACGUCCCCGCCAGGCCAGACUCCCCCCGGUGGUUCCCCUUCAUUUCUUCUUCUGCUGCUGAUGCCGGCGGCUUCCGGACUGGGAAAGACUCCGAUGGAGGAGGAGUUGGUUCCGGCUACGGUUCUGCCGGCUUGGACGGCGGCUUGUCCCAGAGGCGAGGGGACGGCGGCGGGAGUGGAAGCAGGUUAAAUGCAAGGGAGAAGAAGUGGUCGAGGAACAGGGAGAGCUACUUGGUGGAUGAUGAUGAUGUGCUCCCACUUCCCAUGACUUAUCCUAAUACUAAACCCGUCACUCCCAAAGAGAUUGACAAGCGAUUGAGAUGUGACCCUGAAGUUGAGGAUUGUAGGGAAGUGGUUUAUGAAUGGACUGGAAAGUGCAGGAGUUGCCAAGGGACAGGGGAUGUCAGUUAUUUUAACAAAAGAGGGAAAGAGAUUAUCUGCAAAUGUGUGCCUUGCCAAGGGAUCGGAUAUGUCCAGAAGAUUACUGCUCGGAAGGACAUUGAAGUAAUGGAGGAUUUGGACAAUGGAAAGCCACCAUGAGAUCGACCACCGAGUCUUUUUUAGGUUCGGACAUCAGAGUAUACCUUCCAUGAAUUCUGGUUUUAGUACAGAAUCAUAGAGACUGACAAGCAUAUAUUGACAUGGAGAAUAUAGGGCAAAAGGUAAUGGGCAUGGGCAAUGGACUUCAAAUUUGUUAACCUUUUGAAGAAAGGAAUCUAUUCUUUCCGUUGAGCUUCUUCAACCAUGGCUUUCUUUUUCAUGUGUACAUCUCUGGAAGAGGUUUCUCACAAGUUGAUCUCAGGAAUAAGAAAAAGCCGUCUUU